UAUACUGCUUCCGUUUCCUGGCCGGGUGUCCGUCCGUUCGGCGGCGGUUGGCAGUUUGGCUGCGUUUGCAUCAGCUGUUGGGAAGAAGCGCGCGGGGCGAUGGUGCUGCUGGAGAGCGAGCAGUUCUUGACAGAGCUAACCAGGCUUUUUCAGAAAUGCAGGACCACAGGCAGUGUCUAUAUAACGUUAAAAAAAUAUGAUGGUCGGACAAGACCAAUUCCACGGAAGGGCCAUCUUGAGAGUUUUGAGCCUGUAGACAACAAAUGUCUUCUUAGAGCCACAGAUGGGAAGAAAAAAAUAAGCACAGUGGUGAGUUCAAGGGAAGUUAACAAAUUCCAGAUGGCAUAUUCAAAUUUGAUUAGAGCCAAUAUGGAUGGUUUAAAGAAGAAAGACAAGAAAAGCAAAAACAAGAAAAGUAAAGCAACACAAUGAUAUAAAAAACAUUUUUCCAAAGAAUGGACCCAUGUUUUACCCCACAUUUUUUCUUUAUGUAACCACUUACCUUUUGACUAGUAACUGAAUUUAGCAACUAGUAACUGAACAGUAAGCUUCUUAUACAAACAGAGAAUGCUCUCAGGAUUGUGAUACACAAAAAUAAAUAUCUCUAAUGCAUAAA